GAUGGCAACAAAGCAUCAAAUACAAGAUGGCAAAUUAUCGCACCAAACUCCGAGGCUAUGGUGUUCCUGAGGUGAUGUGUAAUGCACUGAAACACAAGAGCCCAGCAAACCAGAAGUCUGCAAAGAGUGUAAAAAAACCUCGAAAGGCAGAGGUAAACUACCUCCCCCCUUACCCAGCAGGAGAGGAUGAAGAAAGUCAAGAACAAGAGAGGAUUCAGUUGCUUACUGAAGUAAGAAAAAGGGACAACAACAAAUUGAUCAAAGAAAAAAUGGCCAAAACAUUUGCACACAGAAGAAACGAAAUCAUCAACCUAUCACCCAGCAUAGAAGACAUCAAAACCAGAUGGCCUGCUCUAUUUGAGCCCUCUCAAAUCCAGGAUGAGUUUCACAGAAUCACAAUGGUGCAUCUUGAAUCAAAGUUCAUGUCUAAGCUGGAUGAAUACACUCCGAAGCUUCUGAACAUCUUCCACUCCAAAGGUGGAACCAUGGGGUUGAGGUUGCAGGCCAUCCUACUCAAGGCUCCAAGCAACCAUAGCAUCAGCAUGACCAGAGAUGUUGUCAUUCGGUGUUUGAUGGUGUACCUUGGGGAAUCCACAGAUCAUCUCUUAAAGGAGUAUGAUGAUGCUGAUGAAGACAGUGUGUCGCAGGACCUUGCUGUACAAAGAACUAAAAUCUACAACAUCAAGACUACUACGCCAGAGGGUCCUGAUGACAUCGGCAUCGUAGUAGAGGGCGUGAAAGUUCUGACUGCUCUGGGUAACUUUCCAAGGGCUUGCUCCAUGGUCGUUGGCUUGGCAUAUGCAGUGAAUCUUGCCUAUCCCAAGGAGCUCAGGUACACGCUUGAAGUCUUCCAGAAACUCCUCCUUGAGCUGGAUUGUUCAAAGCUGUCCCCAAAAGUGAACAGCCUCAAGAAUAAGCUACUAGCUUAAGAAAAGGGACGCUCGCAGAAUGACAGGGAACAAUUAACUCACUGUCAAAACUGUCACAUGGUUACCCACUCACUGUGAAGGAACUGCAAACUGUUACUGAAGGAGACCUUUUGGAAUUUCUGAUGAGUUCAGUCUUUAGUAUUUGGACUUGGAAUUUGAAGAUUACUUUACUCUUCAUAAAAGUGACCAAAAUAAACAUAAAGACACCAUAAAGAUUGUUCACGCUGCCCUGAUUGUUCUUAACUUGCUUCCACUUGAUGAAAGUUUGGGCAUUUUCUUUUUCAACUGUUAAGUAACUAAAAAAUAUAGAUUUUCAGUGCAACAUGUGGUUGUUUAGAAAUAUCAAGCCAACCAUACUCAUUUUACGGGAGUGGCAUUGUGUUUUUGAAUUUGUAUUGCCACAGGCAGCUGUUAUUGUACCUUGUGAUUCCUCUGUGUACACCAGGGAUGCAAAUUUGACAUGUUUCAAUUGAUUGUUUAAGUGAGUCCUAUUUUAGCAAAAAGUAAAGAAGUAAGGCUAAUGGAAUAACUUGACCUUAUCCCAGACUCCAUGUGAUAUUAAUCAAUUACUUGUAGCCGUUUGAAAAACAUAAUGGCCCUGACGAUUUCAAUUGGCACAUAAAUGAAAAUAUAAGAAAAAUUUGCAGACUGAAAACAUUGUCUUAAUUUAAAUACACUAACAGGACUAAACCUUAAAUCACAUCAAAAAUCAAUGUGGAUAAUUUAAGCCAAUGAUGUAGCAGAAAUUAAACACCAUUAAAUGAUUAAACAUGUAUUAAAAAGAAUCCCAAAUGCCAUUAUAUUGUGUCCCUAUUGUACACAUACAUAAUUUCUGCCUUUGUGUUCUCAUAGCCUCUCUCUGUGUUUUAUUGUUGUAUUUUGACAUUUUGCACUAAACAACUUGAAAAAUGUUAGAUAAACAUGUUUAGAAAAAAAUGGACAAAUAAAUGUUUACCUGCUGUUCUUAUUAUGCAUGAUGAUUUAUUAACCCAAUUUAAGUUACCUGUGGCACCAAGAAGGCAUGAUAUUAAGUGUAUUAUACAUAAAAAAAGGAUGGCAACAAAGUGACAUGCAAUAUAAUUGAAUAGAUUUAAAGUAAUGUGAUACCAAUUAAAACUUCAAUGUAAACAAUUCAUUUAGGUACGGAUAAAUAAGAAACACAGUGUAAAUGUGUUGAAUUAGGCAACAAUGUGCUAAACUAUUAGUUAAUAUAAUUUAUUUUAUGUUAGUGAAUACAACUUAUUUUUAUCCAGAUAUUUAGUAAAUCUAAAUUAAUU